UCACAAACUCUUCCCGCGUAAUAGUUUUUUGUCCUAAAAAAGUAGACAACCUGCAAACGCAAAAACCAAAAUGCAAAAACCAAUCACUAUCAGAAAACCUAAGAUUGAGGAUGAGGACGACUUGAACUUCUGGGAGCGAUACGUCCAGCCCGUGUUUGCCGAAUUCUGUGGUACCCUUUUGUACACUUUUGUGGCGUGUCUGUCCGUCACCGUGAACAAUCUGUUUGCGAUAGGCAUCGUCCAUGGAUUUGGAAUCGCCGUUUUAUGCACAGCUUUCGUCAAGAUCAGUGGCGGCCAUUUUAACCCGGCGGUGACCGUGGCGUCCAUUUUGUGCGGUGGUACCAGGCUGAUUGUUGGACUCAUCUACCUUCCUGUGCAGUUUAUUGGCGCCAUACUGGGUUCAGCUUUUGUCAAGCUGGUAAUCCAUCAAUGGGGUUCCUACGAGGAGAUCCACGGUGGUGCCUCUAUGCUGAGAGGCAACCGUCGCAUCGAUGCCUUCAAUGAAUACCAGAAGACAUCCACUUGGCAGUUUGGUAUCCACUCAGUCAUCAUCAUUGAGAUCAUCGUGUCUAUGGCCAUCUAUCUCUGCUACCUGCUUAGUAACAUCGAUGACCGUCAACCCAUCAGGGCUCCUCUGGCUUAUGGGAUGGGUGUCUCUGCUGCCGUCAUUGCUACCUACUACACAUCUGGAGGUGGAUUCAACCCUGCCGUUUCGUUUGCAGCAGCUAUCUGCUCUGGGUACUGGGACGAUCAUUAUGUGUACUGGGCUGGUCCAAUAGUGGGAUGUCUCCUUGCUGCCCUGGUCUACAGGGUCAUCCUUGGUGAUCGCAGGAAGAGAAUUCUCGGAAAAGUGAAUUAAAUCUUGGUUCAUUUUCAUCAAAAUGGUGCCUUCUUGACAUGAGAGAUUUGAAUUGUUAUACUUCAAUGGUGACGAAAUGAACAUCUUGCGCAUUUUGUUUCAACAGUGUUAUUGAAUGGAGAUAAACAAGUAGUGACGCCUCAAGAGGAUUUUGCCAUGUCAAAUUAUUAGUAGCGAGAUAACUGUGUUAAGAAAUCCAUGAUUGAAAUGAUCCCUUUUUUUUUUUUUUUUAAGUUUGUGUAAAAAUAGAUGAGCCUGUGAAUUAAACAAUGGACUGAUUUUUUUAAAAGGUAAAUGUCAUAUUAUUUGACCACUGUAUUUUGUUAAUAUGGUUUUUUUUUUUUUUUUUUG